AUGGAGAGGAUGAUUCUUUUCUGUAUGCUUUUCUUCUGUUCCAGUAUGGCACUGACUGCAGCUCCACACAAAAUAGCAAAAUACAAACAGCUUCUCAAGACAAUUAAACGGUUAGAAAACACAGUGAAAGAUAAGGAUGUUGAAUUGCUGUAUACACCAGAAAACCUUGUGGAUGAAUGCCUGUUCACUGCUGUGACCUGCUUCCAAAAGGGCACAUUGAAAUUACAACCAGAAAACAGUCAAGUGCAUUCCACAUUCACCCAAAGCAUUGAAAUCUUGAAAAGAUUCACCCUCAGCAACCCUGGAAAGCAAUGUGAGUCUUCAUGUGAAUCUUAUGAGAAAAAAACUCCCAAAGAGUUUUUGAAGAGCUUUGCAAAACUAAUCCAAAAGUUACUCAAGGACUAA